AUGCUCCCGCACGAGCCGCUGCUCCUCGCGUCACCAGGAGCCGCUUACGGCCAGUGCGUGGGUCCGAGCGGGGACGCGCCACAGCGGCGAACAGCGUACGGAGCCGCGUGCGUGCGGGAGCGCGUGUGUCCCACGCAGCGGACAGCAGUGUCCCUCCGAGCCGGUCCCGCCGCAGACAUGAGCUCUUAUUUCGUCAACUCGCUCUUUUCCAAAUACAAAAGCGGCGAAUCUUUGCGCCCGAACUACUACGAGUGCGGCUUCGCGCAGGAGCUUGCGGGCAGCCGUCCCACGGUGGUGUACGGCCCGGGCUCCGGGGCCAGCUUCCAACAUGCGCCACAGAUCCAGGACUUCUACCACCACAGCGCCUCCACGCUGCCCACCAACCCGUACCAACAGAGCCCGUGCGCCGUCACGUGUCACGGGGAGCCCGGGAACUUCUACGGCUACGACGCGCUGCAGCGGCAGACGCUGUUCGGGGCUCAGGACGCGGACCUGGUGCAGUACAGCGACUGUAAACUGUCCACAGCCCCGGGACUGACGGGGGAGGACGGGGAGGGCACGGACCAGAGCCCCUCACCCACACAGCUCUUCCCGUGGAUGAGACCACAAGCUCACACUUUAGGACCCAACAUCCGGGUCCCGCAGCUCCACGGGACUGGGAAACUAGAAAACUGA